UUAAACAAUAAAAAAAGGUUUUUUUACUUUUUACAAAAAUAAAGAGUUUCAGUAGAUACAGAAAAUAUUUUAAAUUUGUUAUAGUUAAUUUUAAAGUUAUGAGACGAGGACCUGGUCUUGCCUCUGUUGAUCGCAGUCGAAUAACCAAGGAAAAGUAUGCUGCAAAAGGAACUGAACUUGCAGAUGUAGAAAUUUCAUAUAUGAUAAAACAACUUGAUGCCUUCAAACACUACUUAGAAGAUUUUGCUGCUAAGCAUCAAAGUGACAUUAAAAAAAAUCCAGAGUUUCGUCAACAUUUCCAAACACUUUGCGCUAAGAUUGGUGUUGAUCCCCUUGCAUCCAGCAGAGGAUUUUGGUCAGAAAUUCUUGGAGUGGGUGACUUUUAUUAUGAGCUUAGUGUGCAAAUAACAGAAGUUUGUCUGGCUACAAAAAAUAAAAAUGGAGGUUUAAUUGCCAUUAAUGAUCUUUUAAGAUUAGUUUUGAAAGGUCGUGGAAAAUCCCGACAAGAUAUUUCAGAGGAUGACUUAAUUCGUGCAAUUAAAAAGCUAGGUGUUUUAGGCAGUGGCUUUAAGGUGCUGCCAUUACCUGGACGCACCUUAGUUCAAUCUGUACCUACUGAAUUAAGUGUUGACCACACCACUGUUCUACAAACUGCGCAGAAAAACGGAUUCACUACAGUAUCAAGCAUAGUGAAUGAGUUGAAGUGGGAUAAAAACAGAGUACAAAAUAUAUUGGACUAUUUAAUACAGGAAGGUAUGGCUUGGAUUGACACUCAAGAUACAAAAGAAGUUUUAUAUUGGGUGCCUGGAUUUUUUCCUGAUAUUACAUAAAUCUUUAAAUUGUUGUGCAUCUCGAAGGUUUUUUUAGUCUUUUCAUUCAUUUUUCUAAAUGUAAAUUUUAUUAAAAAUAAGAAUCCAUUUUUACUA